CCUUAACAUUUCUGAACUUUCAGAUUUUGCCUCUCUGAUUGUAUUCUGUCUUCACUUCACUUCACUUCUCACGCCUCGACGGAGUUCCCAACGUAUCUCCUCUCUAUAUCAUCUCCUUUGUUUUCUUCUCUUCUCCCUCUCUCUACUGUGUCUCUUGGAUCUAAUUCGCCAAAAUGCAGAGCACAGCAAUCUCAUUUUCUCCGUCAAUCUCACUCCCUAAGAACCCUCACAAGAGCAGAUUCAAUCCUUUAUUUCCUCAAUCUGUUCGGCCGUCACUCCAUUUUAACUCCCUAAAUGGCUCCGCAGCGAGGAAAAUAAAUCCAAUUCGAUGUUCAGCCAAUUUGAAUCGUGACGGAUGGAUUUCAGUUCCAUCGCCGGUUCCCGAGCGUGAAUCCGAAGGAGUGGAGGUUCGUGCCACGUCAGUGCCGGAGACAGCUGGUGAGGCUCCGAAAUCCAAGCUAACAGAGACUAUUGUGCUGGGAUCUCUUUUCGGGCUUUGGUAUCUAUUUAACAUCUACUUCAACAUUUACAACAAGCAGGUGCUGAAAGCGUUCCAUUACCCAGUUACAGUGACUCUGGCGCAAUUUGCUGUUGGCACAGUCCUUGUAAUUCUAAUGUGGACUCUUAACCUGUACAAAAGGCCAAAAAUUAGUGGUGCACAGCUUGUUGCAAUUUUGCCAUUGGCAAUGGUGCAUACCUUGGGCAACCUUUUCACCAACAUGAGUCUUGGGAAAGUUGCUGUGUCGUUCACUCACACUAUCAAAGCUAUGGAGCCAUUCUUCUCUGUUGUCCUCUCUGCUAUGUUCUUAGGCGAGUUCCCUACCAUAUGGGUUUUGUCUUCUCUUGUACCAAUUGUUGGUGGAGUGGGACUGGCAUCUAUGACUGAGGCAUCUUUUAAUUGGCCUGGAUUUUGGAGUGCAAUGGCCUCUAAUUUAACCAAUCAAUCUCGUAAUGUCCUCAGCAAGAAGUUUAUGGUUCGGAAAGAGGAAUCAUUGGAUAAUAUUACUCUCUUUUCAAUAAUCACGAUCAUGUCCUUUUUCUUGCUGGCCCCAUACGCCUUUUUCACGGAAGGUGUCAAGUUCACUCCUGCUUACCUGGAAGCUGCAGGAGUGAAUGUCAACCAGCUUUACACAAGGUCUCUCAUUGCUGCUCUCUGCUUCCAUGCUUAUCAGCAGGUUUCCUACAUGAUAUUGCAGAGGGUAUCUCCUGUUACUCAUUCUGUGGGUAACUGUGUGAAGCGAGUGGUGGUUAUUGUGACUUCCGUUCUCUUCUUCCGCACACCUGUUUCUCCCAUUAACGGUUUGGGCACCGGAGUUGCCCUUGCUGGAGUUUUCCUAUAUUCAAGGGUGAAGCGCAUUAAGCCCAAGGCAAAAGCAGAAUGAAAUCUAGAUCAAUUUUGAUGGGUGUCAAAUGUGUUGCAAUGUAUGUCAUAUCUAGGACCCGAGUAGGCUUUUCAGCGAGCGUUGAAAACAUAAAAGAGUUGGGCAGAGUUUGUAAUAUUUGAUAACAUCAUACCUUUGCAUUCAAAAUACUUCUCUCCCUCCCAAAGGGUUAAUUAUC